AUGGUUCGUCGUGGCUCGUCGCAAUACCCGCAAUCCGUUUGCUCGACACCGACGCAUAUUCGUUUGUCGAUCACGCCAAGUGAUCCCGCGUUGAAACGUUCAUGGCCAUGGUUGUACAAAACGACGCCAAAUGCGAUGCAUCCGAUGCAUCAUCGGUCGAAUUCGCCGCUUCGACGCGCUUCGACCUUCUACGAGGGCGGUUCGCAAUAUUUGCAGGUACCAGACGCGAUGGGACGUAAACGUCGCCUCUCCGACUUCAUCAUCGAGACCCUCGGCAAAACG